ACUGAUGGGAAUGUGAUAGGGACCUUAGAUUGUAAGCUCACUGGGGCAGGGACUGAUGGGAAGGCAAUAAAUACCAGAGUGCUGCUGUUUAAAAGACCUCACUAGGCGCAGGCUGUAGGAAUACGUAAGGCAAGUGAUCUGCCAGUUAGGGAAUCCCCAGAUACAAUGUUGGAUGUCACAACCUCCUUCCCAGGGCUCCGUCAGUUUCUUUUCUGCCUCGGAAAGAAGGAAACCAAAACACUGUAGAAGGCAGUAUAAAUGCAGCAGAGACAGCAGGCAGAGGGCAGAGACAGCAGGCAGAGACAGCAGGCAGAGACACCUGAGAGCUGCACACACUGACAGAGAAAUAAACACAGGAACAGAUGGAACUGCAUGACUACCAGUGGGAAGUAAUUGCCCCGGCUUUGGAGGGCAAGAAUAUCAUCAUCUGGCUUCCAACUGGUGCCGGCAAGACCAGGGCAGCACUGUAUGUGGCAAUGAGGCACCUGGAGAUGAAGCGGAAUGCAAAGGUGGCUUUCAUAGUUAACAAGGUGCAUCUGGUAGAUCAGCACUUCAGCAACGAGUUUCAGCCGCAUCUGAAAGACAAGUACACGGUUGUAGCCAUCAGCGGGGACACGGAGCACAAAUGCUUCUUUGCGCAGAAGACGCAGGAUAACGACGUUAUUAUCUGCACGGCUCAGAUUCUGCAGAACGCGCUGAGCAGCGGCAGCGAGGAAAUGCACGUAGAGCUGACAGAUUUCACCUUGCUGAUCAUUGAUGAGUGCCACCACACGCACAAAGAUGGCGUAUAUAAUAAACUAAUGGAAGGUUACCUUGAGAGAAAGAUCUGCCGGAAAGGAAAACUGCCCCAGAUCCUGGGACUCACCGCUUCCCCUGGCACAGGACGAGCUACCUCCUUUCAUAAAGCUGUAGAGCACAUCUUACAGAUCUGUGCUAACCUUGACACCUGGAGAAUAAUGUCGGCAGAAGUCCAUCGUGAAGACCUGGAAGCCAAAGCCAAACAACCCAAUAAGCAGUACGAUCUCGUAGCACAGAGGACAAGGGAUCCCUUUGGGGACAAGCUGAAGGAGCUCAUGAAGACCAUCCACGGGUACCUGCGCACAGCAGAGUUCAGUGAAAGCGAGUUUGGCACCCAGGUCUAUGAGCAGAAAGUGGUUGAACUGGAGAAAGAAGGUGCUGUGGAGGCCGACAGGAUGAAGCGGACGUGCGCCCUGCACUUGCGCAAGUACAACGACUCCCUCCUCGUUCACGACACCGUUAGAAUGACCGAUGCCUAUGAACUUCUGGCGGAAUUCUACGUGACGGAGAAAUUCAUUAGGAAACAAAACGACCCAACGGAUACCUUCCUCAUCCAGUUAUUUGACCGAAACCAAGCAACAUUACUGGAGCUGGCCCACGACAGCAGAUUUGAAAACCCCAAGCUUACGAAGCUGGAAGAAAUAUUGAAAGAUCAGUUCCAGUUCUCCUCUGUGUCUCGUGGGAUCAUCUUUACCCGCACGCGGCAGAGCACUCACUCUCUGCACAACUGGAUCUCCGGAAAAGAUUAUUUUCAGAAAAUGGGCAUAAAAACGGCACCUCUGACUGGGGCAGGGUACAGCAACCAGAGCAAGCACAUGACACAGAACGAACAACGGGAGGUUAUUGAGAAGUUCCGCAAAGGGGAGCUCAACUUGCUCGUCUCCACUAGUGUUGCUGAGGAGGGUCUCGAUAUCCCACAGUGCAACGUUGUGGUGCGGUACGGGCUAAUGACCAAUGAGAUUGCCAUGGUCCAGGCCAGGGGCAGAGCGCGGCACGAGGAUAGCUGCUAUUCUUUUCUGGCGAAAUCGGGCGGAAAAGAGAUUCGAAGGGAACAAACCAAUGAGAUUCUUGAGGAUCUGAUGAAACGAGCCAUUAAGCAUGUGCAAGAGAUGCCAGAACAAGAAUAUGAGGAAAAGAUAAAAGAGCUGCAGAAGGAGUCUCUUAUUGCACGUAAGGUUAAGCAAGUGAAGAGAGAUGAGAAAAGGAACACAUUCUACCCCGAGCAAGUGCGCUUCUACUGUAGGGGCUGUAGCCAAGCGGUUGCCCAUGGCGACGAUUUCCGCACAAUUGAAGGAACCCAUUAUAUAAACAUCAACCCUGAUUUUCGUAUUUACUAUGAAGUCUACUCUCCUCCUAUUGAGCUUCCAAGAAAGAUGGUGGACUGGGUUCCAGGAGGGAUGAUCAGGUGCCACUGUGGGCAGAAAUGGGGUUCGGAAAUAGUCUACAAGCACGUGAAUUUUCCUAGUGUCUCCGCCUGUAACUUUGUGCUGGAAACCCCAGAUUGCAAGAAAACCUUCAAAAAGUGGAAGGACGUUCCAUUCCCAGUGGAAGAGUUGAACUACGUUCUGUACUUAGAGAUGCACCCUGAGCUCCACCUCCCUUCCGACGACUGAGAACCGAGGAAGGUUCUUCCUUCAAACUCCUGUUUCCUUCUUGAGAAUCUGAGAAGAUCGAUGUCUUGGGUCGGUCGGUCCAUUUGCACUUUUUGGUGGCGUCUUCUCUUUCUAUUACUAUUAACACAUAUUAUACUCCAUCACAUUCCCCGUGACGGUGCAACAGAAGGGUCUAUAGAGGGAACAUACAGAUUCCGUACAACUGAUACCUGAUACAAGAGAUGCUUAAUGGAGCUUACAGGCUAAUGGGAGCAUGGUCGGACUGGGGGGUGAAGGUCCCAUCGGGGCUCCCAUACCAGGGGCCCAGCAGGAACCCCAAGCCGGGCAUGUCCCCUAACCCCCCCCUCUUAGGGCCCCCCACCCGACGUCCUCCCCUGAGCGUGAAAAUUUGGAGCGGUCGGGAGGGGGAGCGCCGGCAAGGGGUCCACUAGAACUGGGGCCCACCGGGAUUUUUUCCAGUGUCCCGGUGGCCCAGUCUGACCCUGAAUGGGAGAAGGGGGUACGGGACACAAUGUAUGAGGCUAGGCAGGCCUGGGGGCAAAGUGAGAGAUGUGGCACUGAGCAGGGCAGUUGUUGGGUAGUGUGUACUGAAGGAAUGCUCGGCUAGAUGAAGAAAAUGGGCCAUUUUAAGGCCGUGGUGGUCCCUGGGCAAAGAUCCAAUUGGUUCUCCCCUCAUCCGGCACAGACAGAGGGGUCCAUGGUCCAACCGCACAUCCUGCCACGGUCAAGUGUGGAACAACAUGAGUUGUAUAAAAGUUAGAAAAGCAACUGAGGAAAGUUAUUAAAGACACAGUGAGCCCCCAAAAUAAGUGGGUUCUUGGCAGAUACUCCUUUUGCCCUUAUAUUAAAGCCCCCUGGGCAGAGAGUUUGGGGGGAAGUCAUAUGGGAGGGAAUUCAAGAGGGGGGGGGGGCAGCCAUAGCAAAGUCUUGAAUGUUUUAACCUCUAAAUUAUUUUUCUAGAACUAAAUGAACCUAUUAAACUGAUUAACACGUAUAUUUGCUGCUACAA